AUGCAAAAUGCCGGGAGGCUGCUGCUGGCCUCCAACCAGUUCCCUGUUGCUGCUAGUCAACAACUAAAGAAUAACGUCCUGUCAAUGAUGACGGUCGAUGAAAUUGGCAGCGUCGCUCGUUCCGAUGAUACUAUACUUUUAAUUGGCUCUAGUGAAAUAGAGACGCGAGGGAAUGAGAAGGCAGGUGAGGUGAGUCAACUAAUGCGGUUACUUGCCCGCCUGCUGAUCAAAACCAGAGAACUAUCUGGAAAAGGCGACUUGUCCAUUGAAGAGAUGAUAUCCCCGGGAUAUUUCGAUGAUGUUGUUGCCGGCGCAAGAUCUCUUGGGGGAUAUACUGGGCCGGAAACAUCAAAGUCAAACCGUUUUUGUGCGCCGUCAACAUCGACCAAAUGCGGGUUUGCGCUUAGAAAAGCCGUUUUUGCUCUAAAAGGCAAAGCGGUGCGCGCAAAGAACAUGGAGAUGAAAACAGACGUGGACUUGUUCCAAGAACUAUAUGACGGCGAAUGGAGUGGCAAAGUGUCAAGGCAGGCUUUGCAAUCGCUCAACACAAAAAAGCACAACAAGCCACAGAUAUUACCAGCAACUAAAGACUUGCAGUCUCUACGCACGUUCUUGCGUGAUGGGUUACAAACUCUCACAAAGGAAGUACGGGAGAAUCCAAUGCGAGAGAAUUGGCGCAAGUUGGCAGUUUUAGCCUUGGCUAGGCUAAUGAUAUUCAAUAAACGCAGAAGUAUGUUAUAUUUAAUUAAUUCUUUUUGAUAAUAAGUGGCAUUUCGUAUUUCACACGAUUGACGAAGUAUUGUUGAAUGCACAGUAUAGUUAUGCGAUGUAUGGAAUGAAUUUCUGUGGCACAAACCGGCCCCCACAAGAAUAAGGCUUUUUAAAUUUCUAUUUGAUAGAUGACGUUUCGGAGUUAACUGCAUUACGAGGUUAAGAUUAGAAAUAUUUGUAAAAUAUAUUGUAAUCUUUAACAUGAUAAUAAAGUAAUAAAACUCCUCGUUUUACCAAUUAAAACUUAUAAAGAAAGUUUGUUUUUGCAUGUUUGAAAAUGUUUAUAUCAAAUAAAGUACAAAAAUUUUAAAAGAUUGUGCUGUGAUCAAAAUUAGUACUGGAUUUUGUCUUGCCAAAAUCCUACAUUUCUCCGUUUUAUUGAGAUUAUUUUACUCUGUUUUAAUGAUUAAUCAGAACGUUUGUUUAAAAUAGGCGGUGAAGCAUCUCGGAUUACUUCCAAGGCAUUUCGCCCGAGGCCCGAGUGGGAGAAAGUGCACAACGAAGAGAUUGUUUCUUCCCUCUCAGUUACGGAAAAGUUGUUGUGCAAACGGUAGGAAAGUAAUAGAAAGGUCUAAUACAUUAAUACGCGAUUUUUUACCCAAUUUAAGAAACUUAAUUUGUUACCUAAUUUACGAAGCUGUUUUCUCGUUCGCAAAACUUUAGCAAUUUUUGAGCUGUCAUUUUUCUCCCUUUUUUUUCUAUAUUGCCUGCUGGUAUAGACUUGCUUAUAUAUAUAUAUAUAUAUAUAUAUAUAUAUAUAUAUAAGGUUUGAUAUGGUUCAAAUUACUGGCAAGAGAAAUAGAAAGGGACCAGUAUUAUUGACACCAGCUGUCAAAGAGGCGAUUGUUGUGUUGGAGGCAAAUCGCGAGAAGGGCAACGUCAAUUCUGACAACAUUUACGUCUUCGCCACCAAGGAUGGGAAGUCGUUGAAUCCCAUCAGAGGAAACAAUGUUAUCCGUCAGGUGUGUGGGAUGGCUGACCUUCAGCAACCCGAUGUGAUCACAUCCAACAACCUGAGAAAAUACGCUGCAACCGUUUCCCAGUUGGUGGAGAUGGAUGGAAAUGAACUUGGGUGGCUGGUGAGACAUCUUGGCCAUGAUAUUAAUGUCCACAGAGAAUUUUACCGACUACAAGAAAGUAUGUUGGAGAUGGCUGUGGUGGGCAAUUUGUUGUUGGCCAUAGAUGAGGGUAGGGCCCACAAGUUCAAGGGCAUAAACCUGCGAGACAUCACGCUUGAAGGUAAUAUAUUUUAAUUGAGUAGAUUAUUAAAUUGUAAUUAUGUAAUGUGCAGGUUGAAAUCAUGAGUGUGUUUUCGUGGGUGAUCCGCGGAUGCGCAGUUACUCACUUUAUGAGAAACGGUAAACUGUACAAUCUUUUAUAGUGCUCACGCAAAUAUCUCACAUUUUACAGAUUUUGACGCUCCAAGAGAAUCAGAAGAAUCAGAAGAAGACACAGGUAUAUCAAAUCAGUUUUGUUUAGAAUGCUUCUUAAAGAUAGUUUAUUUUGGGCUGAAGUCCAUUACUCGCAUUAACCUUGAAUGACUUUCAUGCUUUUGACCUUGACCUUCACUUUGAUCUUGACAUUCACAGAUAUUAAACGAUGUUUAAAACAGCCAAGCAAAAAGUCUUAA